CGCAUGCUCCGCGCUCUCCGGCGGGGACCCCGCAGCCCCCAUGACCCUGCGCGGGCUCCGGCGGAGACAGCAAGGCGGCGGGGGCCGAGGAGGAGCAGGAGGCAGCGGCCGACCCCCUUCCGCCUCCCCGGCCUGCCCCCUCUGCCGCCGCCGCCGCCGGCCCCCAAGAUGAUCCCCUAUUUCUCCGACGACGCCGUCAUCUCCCAGAACGCCAUCAACCAGCUCAUCAGUGAAAGUUUUCUCACGGUAAAAGGUGCCGCCCUCUUCCUCCCGCGUGGAAAUGGAUCCUCGACCCCCAGGAUCAGCCACCGGCGCAACAAGCAUGCAGGUGACCUCCAGCAACACCUCCAAGCAAUGUUCAUGCUGCUCCGUCCAGAGGACAACAUCAGGCUGGCCGUGAGACUGGAAAGCACGUACCAGAACCGGACUCGAUACAUGGUGGUGGUCUCAACUAAUGGUCGGCAGGACACCGAGGAAAGCAUUGUCCUGGGAAUGGACUUCUCUUGCAACGACAGCAGUGUUUGUACGAUGGGGCUGGUCCUGCCACUCUGGAGCGAUGCCUUGAUUCAUCUGGAUGGCGAUGGGGGCUUCAGCGUCUCGACAGAUAACCGGGUGCACAUCUUUAAGCCUGUGUCUGUGCAAGCCAUGUGGUCUGCCCUGCAGAGUCUCCACAAGGCCUGCGAAGUAGCUCGCCUCAACAACUACUACCCGGGGAGCCUUUUCCUCACGUGGGUCAGCUACUAUGAGAGCCACAUCAACUCGGACCAGUCCUCCGUCAACGAAUGGAACGCCAUGCAAGAUGUCCAGUCCCACCGACCCGAUUCUCCUGCCCUCUUCACAGACGUCCCGACGGAACGGGAACGCACAGAACGUCUCAUAAAGACCAAGCUGAGGGAAAUCAUGAUGCAGAAAGAUUUGGAGAACAUCACGUCCAAGGAGAUCCGCACGGAGCUGGAGAUGCAGAUGGCCUGCAACUUGCGGGAGUUCAAGGAGUUCAUUGAUAACGAGAUGAUCGUCAUCCUCGGCCAGAUGGACAGCCCCACGCAGAUCUUUGACCACGUCUUCCUGGGUUCAGAGUGGAAUGCCUCCAAUCUGGAAGAUCUGCAGAAUAGAGGGGUGCGGUACAUUCUGAACGUCACCCGAGAAAUCGACAACUUCUUCCCUGGCGUCUUUGAGUACCACAACAUCCGUGUUUAUGACGAGGAAGCAACAGAUCUCCUGGCUUACUGGAACGACACCUACAAAUUCAUCUCCAAAGCAAAGAAGAACGGAUCCAAGUGCCUGGUUCACUGCAAGAUGGGGGUCAGCCGGUCGGCCUCCACGGUGAUUGCCUACGCCAUGAAGGAGUACGGCUGGAACCUCGACCGGGCCUACGACUACGUGAAGGAGCGCCGGACCGUCACCAAGCCCAACCCCAGCUUCAUGCGGCAGCUAGAGGAGUAUCAGGGCAUCCUCCUGGCCAGUAAGCAGCGGCACAACAAGCUGUGGCGCUCACACUCCGACAGCGACCUCUCCGACCACCACGAGCCCAUGGGCAAGUCCGGGAUGGAGGUGAGCAAGAAGGAGAUCACUACGUCGGCGGACCAGAUCUCGGAGAGCAAGACCUCCUGCGGCCACCACCACGUGCCCAUGUCUCCAGGGCCCAUGACCGCCAGUCCGCACACAGAACCCUUGUGCCAUCUGGGCGCUGAUGCUGCCGGGAACUUGUGCAACAUCGAGCGGGUGGUGCAGCUAGAGAUCACCACGAGAGACUUCAACACCGAGCAGAUGGAGGACAAGCUGAACUUGAACAACAUCAACGGGUGCUCCUCCGGUUGCUGCUUGGACGACUCAAAGUUCCCCCUGGAUAAUUGUAACGCCUCGGAUGCCUUGCUGCAGCAGCGAGAGGCCUUGGGGGCAGCGGCAGAGUUCCCGGACUUGGCAGUGGACGACUUGGAGAAGGAUGCCCUCAAGCAAGGAGACGGGAACAUCCACCUGGUGCCCAUGGAAGAGCUGGAGUCUUGCUUGCAGGACGUCUCCAACCAUAACUCGCCAAGCCCCCCUCCUGUGACGUCCUUGCCGGAGGAGGCGGACUUUGGCGCCGACCGGAUCGACUUCUUCAGCGCCUUGGAGAAGUUUGUGGAGCUCUCUCAGGACAGCCGGCCACGGACUUGUUCCCACUCCAGGACGGAGGAUCAGGGGGGCGGGAGGAACGGUCUCUCCAAAGUGUCGGGGCUGGAGCUGUCGCCCUCCAACCCUACAGAAGAUGCCCAAGGAAGCAACUCCUCGGACAACUCGCCGCAGCCGUCCGAGGGGUCCUCUGUGGAGGAGGAGCAGCUGAAGCUCUCUGAACCGAGCCGUUCAGGCGGCCUGACUCGUUCUCACUCUGAAAACGCCAUCUCUGUGAAAGACAUCAUCACCGAGAUCGAAUCGAUCCGCCAGGGGGCAGGGCAGGGACAGGCGAAGACGGACGCUUUGAACAAUCCGGUCCUGGUGUCGAAGAGAAACACAGUCCAUGAGCUUCCUCCCGAGUCAGCCUGGGAAAGCAAGCCUCGAAAAGCCGAUCCAGGCGAAGGCGGUGGCUCGGUCCCGAAGGAGGCGGCUAGCGAGCUUUUGAAACCGGACCGAGAAGCCGCUUCAGCCCAGCCGGUGCCGCCUUGUAAGCUGGACGCAGAAGACAGCGGCAACUCGGGAGAAGACUCGGCGGAGGGCCAUCCGAACCCCGGACCCAAAUGGUGUCCUGGAUCGGUACGGCGUGCCACCCUGGAGUUUGAGGAGCGCCUGCGGCAAGAGCAGGAGCUGCAGCACUCUAACCCCAUUGUCCUGCUACCCGUCCGGAAGAACUCCAGGAUCGAAUCCUCAGCAGUGGCCGACCCCACAGCGAAGGGGAAGCAGGAAGAGCCAUCUCACGAGCCGGCCCAGUUCUCUGGGGAGAAGGUAGCCUCAAGAGCUGGGGGCGCAGAGACUGGGGCUGGCUCGGAACAGCCCCCCGGAAUGCUGCCGGCGUCUUCUCCCCCACGAGAUGGCCUGUUGGCAGAGCUGGAGGGGUUGGCCAGAGAGCACCGCUUGGUGGUUUCUCUGGAAAGCCCCGACAGCCUCCCUGCCCCUGGCCUUCUGCUUCCAAAAAGGAUUGAAAUCAUAGAGUACACCCACGCGGUCACGUUGCCCAACCCCACUGGGCUGGAAAGGGGCCACACGCAAGAUGACUCGGAGGAAAGCAAGAUAGCCACCACCUCGUUGGCGGUUGACGAAAACUGCAACGCUGCUUUGUGUUCCCAGAAUCCCCCGGGAGCCUUGCCCAUGCCGGGGCCUUCCGAGCCAGAGAGCAAAGACUUUAAGAAGGCCAUUUUUACCUUGGGUAGCCCUGGGGAAGAUGCUGUCAGAGGGCCGGCCGACAUGCGCACCUCUCCUUCUGCGAGUCAGGCAGGGUGCCCCCCUCCGCCGCCCUCCAAUCGCCAGCCCUUUGUUUGCUUGCAGGGGGUCACUCAGGACAGCACAAGCACUGACCCUGAGCCAGCCCCUCUGGGAGGAUACGCUGGUAAUGGACAGUUUGCCUUUGAGGAGAGGGGAGGUGCUCUGCGCCGGAGGAGCGAGGGCGCUUUGACACACUGGACCCCAGAGGACUAUGACCUACUACGCACUCAAAAGGUGGGCACGGGUGCCAACACUGUGGGGGCUGCCGCCACACCUCUCCUUCGCCGUGGCCUUCCUCACAGCUCCAGCAGUGACAGCAUCAGAGACCUGAGGGGGGACACAGUGAGGCAGCGGGCAAAGGACCUUGAGGCCCAUGUCCGGCAAGCAGGCCUCACGUUCCCUUCUCAGAUGAAGCGCUCUGCGUCACUGGCGAAGCUGGGCGGCCUGAACUUGUCAAAAGACGAUUUGCUCUCGGGGAACCCCUUCCCUUCCAGCGCCAGGCCAGCCACUCUGGAAUCACUCCAGGCCCCCUCCGGCCGCGGGGAAGCACUCUCGCAGGGCGGCCUAGCUUUGCCAACGCCAGAACCUGCCCCGUUGUUGCCCGCCCCCCAGCCCACGGCGCAUUUUGUCGAGCAGCUCAAGAUGGCGGCCGAGUCCAUCGCCCUGAGCAGCCCCGUGGAGAGGCCUCUGGCGCAGUAUGCCAAAGAGUUCAGCCUGGCCCGGCAGCUUCCGGGUGCGAAAUUGACUAGCCCCCCAGAGGCCCCGCUGCCAGGGUUGGCGACGACUCCCCACCCGCCCCACUGGUUGGCUGUGCUCCCCCGGCCCCAGCAUGGUAGAACUCGACCGCCCAGAAGGCUGAGAAAGGCAAAUGACAGGAAACGAACAACCAACCCAUUGUACAACACCAUGUGAACUUCAGCCCUCUCUCCCCCCCGCCUCUCCUCCCCCCACAACAACUUGACUUAUUUUGCAACACCCUCGUCGUGUUUUCUCCAAAUGGGGCAGAUGUAAUAUAUAUUGAAACAUGCACUUUAUUGGUUUAAUUUUUAUAUGUUCGUUAUUUUUACUGUUUCUGUUGCAUGUGGGUUUUGAGGUGGCUGGUUUUCAUGGUUCUCCCCAUCCCACCCCCUGUGCAAAUGACUGCAAGAUCACAUUUUUUUCCCUUAACUUUAAAAAAAGAAGUUUUAAACCCUUAACAAACCUCAACAUUUUUUUUUAUUUUUGGUCUUAAAAGAACACCCCUCCUUUAAAACAAAAGAGAGAAGGGAAGAAAAAUAUCUGAAAUGCUCUCUUUCAUUGGGCCAAAAGAAAGAUGUGCUUUUAUUGUUUUAAAAAAAUUGGGAUUUUGUGGGAGAUGGGGAUGCAGAAGGAAGAAAGGGAGACCGUUAGGAGGGAAAGGAAGACCAUUGGGAGUGAGGGGUGUUCUCUUAAAACAAACUUCAUUCUUUUUUAGGGGUUUAACCCUUUCAUUACUUGAAUAAAGCUGUGGGCCUUUUCAAGAAUAUGGCCAUAUCAUCUGUUUCCUUUCCCCUCUUCCACCCCAAACCCCCAUUCUUGGUUCCCCUUCCUCCUCCUCCCCCAGUCCUGAAAUUGCCUGGCCUUCUCUCCCUGCUCUUGUCUGAUACAAUCCAAAAGCUGACUAGUUUAUACAAAUAUAUACCCCCACCCUUUGUGUUCUUCUCCAUCAUUCCCUGACGCUUCUCGCGGAAAGGUUUGUGUCUCUUACAUUGUACAUAACAGUGCUCAUGUAGAUAACUCAUUUGGGGGGGGAGGUUCCACUUAACAUCAUUUUCUCUGCGGUUAACCAGUGGCAAAUCUGCAAACACUUUUCUGGAAUGGGCUUAGCUCCUUUUCCCUUUUCUCUGACACUUGCUUCUCUUCCGUUAUUUCUUUCUUUAAAAGGUGAUUCUUUCUGUCAGCUUGUGCCAAAUGUAUGCAUGUUUCUCUCUCUGAAAAGCUAAGAAAACCUUCAGCUUGCAUGAUCCUCUUGUUCCCAAUGCAUUGUCUACAGGGCACAACUGUCCGGUGUUUUAGCAAGGACAUCUGUUGGCACUGUGUGCGCCAAUGCACUCCCCGUCUUGCGCACACAUAUGUGUGCGCCGUUACAUUUUAUUUUUUUCUGGAGAUCAGGGUUUCGGGUUUUUUUUAAUGUCCUCAAUAACACGCCCCAGUUGUGCUGAGUUCUGUGGUGCGCCAAGACCUCGUGUGUCAAACGGUGGUCCCAAACUAACGUCUCUAAAUUUCCAUGUUUUUAUGGAGAAGUCUUUUUACACCUCCCAUCUUCUGAAGCACCCAGGGAUCUUUGCAGGAAUAAAAUAAUAACCCUGCUUCCUAAUGAGAAAGAAGUAGGCCGUUUUAACCCCUUCUCUCAGGAGAACAGCUGCCGGGCAGGCAGGCGAAUGCUGCAAUAUAGGAGAAUAUCAUGAAAAGAUACAUUUUUGGGGGGGUGCUUUCCCACAAGCCUCCUGCAGGUAAGAGAGAAAGGAGACCCCUAAAACUAGCCCAGAAAGUGGCUGCUGUCAUUACUGCAUGUUGACACUUGGCUUGAUUCUUUUUUUAAGCCUCAGCAAAGAUGGAUGCUUCUCAAAUGUGAGUGAAUGGUCUGUGACUAAAUUCCAGGCGGAUUUACUUUAUUUUUUCCAGACCUCACUGCAGGGGUGUUGAGGAGUGUGUGCCUGCCCCCCUCUUAGACUUCCUCCUCCUCGGCCCCUUCCCCCACUGCAGGCUCAGGCCUCUUGUGAACUUUGCAAAACGGAGGGUGCUGUAAGCGUCAGAUGUUUUGCCCUGAUCUUUUGCUGAGCGAUUCUCCCGGAAAUCGGGCUCUGUAUGUUGGUUUUUGCAAAGUGUCUUUCUGAUGACUUCUCUGCCAGGGCCCCAAGUCGAACUAGGAGCUAUUAACUAACGCCUUUUACUUUCCAUUGCUUUCAGAAUCCAGGGUUGGCAUUGAGGCCUCUUCCGGAAGCCAAAUCUGUGCCUUCUGUCUCAUCUCUGCCAGGGGUUUUGUUGUUGUUGGGGGGGGGGUAUCCCCCCUUCUCUGCCCCCCUCUUAAUAUUAAACCCCUGCUCUUCAACUUUGCACUCCGUGACCGAUCCCAAACUGCCACAUUUAUCAAAACUGGAUUGCUCAAAUGCAUCGUAGCUGUUGGCAAGUUUUGUUCUUCUGUAUGCAGAUCUGCUUGUGGGAAGAAGAAAAAACUAUACCGCUGGUUCAAAGCAUGACUGUUUGUUUGUUCCUUUGUUUUAGAAAAAAGGGCAUUUUCAUUCUUAACUCCAGUGUAUAAAGUUGAUGUUUUCUUUCAGGGCGUCUUCCCCUCUCUCUCCCCCACCCCCAAUUUUUUUUGGGGGGGGGUUGCCCUGCAAAUGUCAAAAAUGUUCAGCAUCAUCUCAGCAGCAACUCGCCCCCCUCCCAGUUUCCAGCUCUUUGACCUAGCUGUAUACUGUGAGCUUUUGUUGAGCUUUGCACAAAGAGAGGGGUGUCGGGGUCUGGGUGGGUGUUUCUGUGAAUGUGUGUGUGUGUGUGUGUUUUGGGUCCUCGCUGAUUCUGUAUGUGGACAAAACAGAUCUAUAUAAAUAUAUAUAAUAUUUUCUGUACCAUGCAUUCAGCUGAGUCUUUAUCCCCCUCCCCGUAUCUCCCAGUGUCAGCUGCCCCCCCUCUGUGUGUGUGUGUCAAACCCACCUGGCUUGUAAGAGAAUGAUUUCACCCUAAACCGCGAAAUUGGCAAACCACCACUCCUUUUGUUUAUUUUUUAAAUUGGGAGGGUGGGAGUUCUGUCUUCCUUCGAUGCCUCUCCCCUUUCUGGGGGCUUUGCUUUUUCCUCCCCCUCCCCCCCCAACCAAACAACUCAGCCAUGGAUGGCUCUCUCUUCCACCCACAAAAAGUUGCCAUCUCGACACGCUUGUCCAGAGCCAAAGGGCUAAAGGUGUGUGUGGGGGGGGAAUCACUCUGCUUAACUCUCCAAGUCGCCAUUAGAUGCCCCCUUUGGAGCGAUGCUAACCCCCACCCAUGGCUUAUGUUGGGGAAUAUCCCAUCAAACCUCAAAGGAGGCCACCAAGCAGGGGAGAACCCCCCCCCCCACCUGCCACUUUCUUGAUUUCCCAGCCCAGGUUAAACUGGCUGUUGAAGUGGGCUGUGCCUACUGGAAUAGCAAGCCCUGUUGUGGAAUCCAAAUAUCCAUGUUUCGCACUGAUAGCAGGCGUUGGUGCCUUUUUUGGGGUGGGGGAGCUGUCUUCAGGGCUGUCUCAGCCACUUCCGGUCGAGAAUUUGGCAAGAGCAUUGUGGCCUCUCGUCUUGAUCCAUCUCUCUCUCUGUCUCUGUCUCUCAACGCAGCCCUGUCCUACGGCGAUUGUGGCUGUGGGUGUAUUUCGCAAAUUUGGAGCCCUCCUGCAACGGCUUGGGGAGAAACACCUCCUUUUACUGCUGGUCUUCUUUCUUUUAUACAUAUCCUCCCCCUGCCCUUUGACCUUUGCUCUCCACCCACCCAAGAGUGGCUUGUACCAUAAGACUUUUGCCCAACAAAGGUGUUCGGCUGUUUUUAAAUGUGAACUACUGCGUUUUCAGGGUGCGGAUUCAACGUUCUUGUUACUGAAUAAAUUUUUAUUUUGAGAA